UCCUAAUCCUGGUGUAUUCGUGCUUGAUGUUACAGUUGCGGAGUGAUAUGGAUAAUUUGGGUUAAAAGAUACGUUGUCUUACUUCAGACAUACUAGGGUACCGUAUUAGCCAAGUUGAUUUGUUCAUAAAUGGGACUGCGUAUAAAUAGAGGAAACAUCCUAACUUUAUUAUUUGAUGAUAUUUUAAUGUCUAAAUUUCAUAAAAUUGACCUAAUGACUUUAACUAUAUUAACAUGCUAAUAAUGAUUGCCUUUGACUAGAUGGUAGUAAAACUGUGGAUAGGUUUUUUCCCCCCUACAAUUUCUAUAAUAGAUCUAAAGAAUAAUGACUCAGAAAAACUGUUCAGGCCAGGGCCCUAUGGCCCAUUGGUGUCCCGCACCUCACUUUGUGACUUCAUGGGGUGGCAACAGCCUGCCCCACCCGUCGCCUGGUCCCCACCCCCUGGUCCCUGCAAUACUGUUCCUACCCUGUCCUGCUUCAGGCUGCUGCCUCCACCUGUCCACAGAGACCGCACCCCACCAUGUGGUGCUUCCUGCGGGGCAUGGCCUUCGUCUCCUUCUUGUUGGUGACCUGGUCAUCGGCCGCAGUCAUUAUCUCCUACAUGGUAGCUGUGCUCUCCGGGCACGUGAACCCUUUCCUGCCCCAUAUCAGCGAUACAGGAACAACCCCUCCAGAGAGUAGUAUUUUUGGAUUCAUGAUAAACUUCUCUGCGUUUCUUGGCACGGCCACAAUUUACCUGAGAUAUAAAAUCCUGGAGAAGCAGAAUGAAACCAGCUACUUCAGCACACCCGUCCUCAACUUGGUGUCACUAGUCCUUGGCCUAGUGGGCUGCAUCGGGAUGGGCAUUGUGGCCAGUUUCCAAGAGCUGACCAUGCCGGUGGUCCAUGAUGGUGGUGCCCUGCUGGCUUUUGUGUGCGGGGUAAUGUAUAUCCUCCUGCAGUCCGUCAUCUCCUACAAGCAAUGUCCCCAGUGGAACAGCCUGUCCACGUGCCGUGUGCGGAUGGCCAUCUCUGUGGUGUCCUGCGCAGCUGUCCUCCCCAUGAUCGCCUGUGCCUCCCUGAUUUCCAUCACCAAGCUGAAGCGGAAUCCAAGAGAAAAGGAUUGUGUGUAUCACCUAGUCAGCGCCAUCUGUGAGUGGACUGCAGCCUUUGGUUUCGUUUUCUACUUCCUGACGUUCGUCCAGGAUUUUCAGAGUGUGACCCUGAGGGUAUCCAUAGAAACCAACGUGGACAUCUGAAGAUGGGAGCGUUGAAUCUCACUCAUCGUAGUCGCAGACGGUUCCUGGAAGUGGCACAGGAGGGACAGGUGUCGGUGCAGCCCAGAUUGGAUGUGCUGGGGCGUGUGACAUUGAAGCAGUGUUUUUAUACUUUCCUAAGCAGACACUUUUUUUAUAUUAACAAAUUGAUAUACACAAAAAGAUAAGGUGAUACAGAAAAUGAAGAGCUUCUAUUUUUGUACAGAUUCUGGGGGGCUUGGGGGAGCACUUUGUUUAUUUUUGGGUUUUUGUGAGUGAUCUGUGGAAAUACUCUAAAUACAAAAUUUAAGUUUAAUACAUUUAUUAAAAAGUAAAAUCAGGGUAUAGUCAUUUUAAAAUUUCAUCUUCAGGGGAUGAAUUGUGUAAUUUUGUUUGUUGAGAUAGGGCCUCGUGAACUGUUUCAGGCUGACUUUAGACUCACUGUGUAGCCUAGGGUGACCUGGAACUGGUAGUGAUCCUCCUGCCUCACCC